GGCUGGAAGACCAACCGUCAGUAUCAGUUCACUGUUUGAAUUCAGACUUGUCUCAUCAGCGUUUAUCUCAGUUCAAUCGACAAACAAAAACAUCACCAUGAAAUUCCAAGUAUCUUUCGUUGUGCUCGCCAUCGCCAUGUGCUUCGCUGCCGCCGCCGAAGAAGCAAAACCGUCUUCAGCUCAGCCAGCUGCCGCCACCGCCGACCGAAGCAAACGAGGCCUGCUCGCAGCCCCGUUGGUCGCAUCCCCCUACGCUGCCGCCUACGCUGCGCCAUACGCAGCUUCAUACGCUGCUCCGUACGCUGCACCCUACGUUGCUGCACCCUACGCCGCCGCCCCUUACGCCGCCACCCCUUACGCAGUGGCUUCCCCAUACGCUGCCCCGUACGUUUCUUCGUACAGCGCUUACCCGUACGUAGCCAAGACUUUCGCUUCUCCGUACGCAUACUACCCGUGAAAGGAGCAAUAGAAAAUAACCGGACCAUCUUAGUCUGCCCAAAACCGAUUUCUUCACCGCCAAAACCAAUACAGUUCUAACUUUAAUCUCUUUAUGUGUUGUAAAAAUGUACUUUCAAGUCGUGUAAUUAUAUAAAUAGACAGAUAUAUUUUAUCGUA